GAAUCCUCCCCAGUUUCCUCCGUCGAUUCCGUUUCCGAAUGAUGUCUUCCGUUCAGCGCGGCAUCUUAUCAGGCCAUAUGCUUGUCUCGAACUCCAGAUUGGCUCCUCGGAUGAUAUGCUCGUGCCCCGGCGAUAAGAACACGAUAGCAGCCUAAGCUGCAACCCCAGGUGGAAUGGUCCCGUUCAUUGCACGACCGAAGCUGGUGCGACAAUGCCACGCCACUCGACCGACCUGUCGGGCUUAUCUGAGGAAGGAUCAUCGGCCGUGCUCCCUCGGACGCGAGGGUUAUAGAUACUUGCGCAGGAGGCAGGACGCCUGACCCAGUUAUAUAGCGGCUGGCAGAUCCCCACUCCGAGCUGUCACCGACCUGUGCAACUCCCUGCGUUCCUCUGCUGCAGCUGGCAUUUGCUUAGUUCCGUUCACAAUGGCAGAAACAAUGGCGGAGAAGUCGCCCGCCAUGGAUCUGGGGUCGAAGACUGUUCAGACAGCGAGCGACGAUCCUCCCGUCGAGCAGGGUGACAUGCAGCUUUUGGCUGCUCUGGGGUACAAACAGGAGCUUCGUCGCCAUUACUCCACCGUGCAGGUCUUUGCGAUCGCCUUUAGUAUUAUGGGUCUGCUCCCGUCAAUCGCGUCGACGCUUUCAUACUCGAUCCCGGCGGGCCCCGUGGGCAUGGUUUGGGUAUGGGUAAGGCUGUUAGAUGUCGUCUCGUGCAACAAAGGCCCUGGUUUGACUGUUCCUGCAGGGUGGUUUGCGGCAAGUGUAUUUAUCUUCAUUGUUGCUUUGGCGAUGGCCGAUCUCGCCUCCGCGAUGCCUACGGCCGGUGGACUGUACUUCUGGACCCACUACUUCAGCGGAGAGAAGUGGAAGAACCCUCUGAGCUUCGUCGUCGGGUACAGCAAUAGUCUUGGUCUGAUUGGCGGUGUUUGCUCCAUUGAUUACGGAUUUGCUACCAUGCUUCUUUCGGUCAUAUCGAUCGCGCGUGAUGGGAAUUGGACUGCCUCUCGGCCUGUCCUGUAUGGCACCUACGUUGCUUGCGUGGUUGUCCACGGGCUGAUCGCUAUUUUCUGUGCGCCCAUCAUGCCCAAGAUCCAGUCAGCCUGUAUCUUCAGCAACAUCGGCCUCGUCCUGGCCACUGUCCUUGCUCUACCGAUCGGUAAGGCUGUUCGCGGGGGGCAGAUCAACUCGGGGGCUUACGUUUUCGGGCACUCCGAAAACCUCAUCACCUGGCCCCAGGGCUGGACCUUCAUGCUGUCAUGGAUGUCACCUAUCUGGACCAUCGGCGCAUUUGAUUCUUGUGUCCACAUGAGCGAGGAAGCCAGCCACGCAGCGCGCGCAGUGCCACUAGGGAUCAUAUGGUCUGCGGGACUCUGCGGGCUGCUAGGCUUCGUCUCCCUAGCCAUCAUUGCUGCUGUGAUUAAUCCUGAUCUGAAUGCCGUGCUGAACUCGAGUUUUGGACAACCAAUGGCCCAGAUCUACUAUGACGCUCUCGGAAAGAGCGGCGCCCUCGGAUUUAUGGUCGUCGUGGCAGUCGUCCAAUUUUUCAUGGGACUAAGUCUGGUUGUUGCCGCCUCCCGCCAGAGCUGGGCUUUCUCCCGCGACGGUGCACUCCCCUUCUCCUCCUUCUUCCGCCACGUCAGUAAGCGCGUCCGUUACCAACCCGUCAGAAUGGUUUGCUUCGUUGUCCUCGUCUCCGUCGUCCUCGGUCUCCUCUCCCUCAUUGACGAAGCCGCCACAAGUGCCCUCUUCUCCCUCGCUGUCGCCGGCAACGACCUCGCGUGGAUGGUACCCAUCCUCAGUCGUCUGGUCUGGGGAAAGGAUCGCUUCCGUCCGGGUGAGUUCUAUACGGGAUGGUUCAGCAAGCCCAUUGCUAUCACGGCCGUGGUGUAUCUGGCAUACGUUAUUAUCCUGAGUAUGUUUCCGACUGAGGGGCCAAAUCCAUCGCCCCAGGAUAUGAACUAUACGAUCGUGAUCAACGGGAGCCUGUGGCUGGGAGCGAUGUUGUAUUAUGUGGUUUAUGCACGGAAGGUCUACAAGGGCCCGCAGAUGACGGUGAGCGAGUCGCCUACAUUGUCGGAGAUGGGGGCACAGGACGAAAAGUGAUACUACAGUAUCGUAUUGGGUUCUUGAUUAUAGUGAUUGUAUAACAGUAGUGCACGCCAUCCACAGUAGCCGUUUGAUCUACCUACAAUAAAGGGGUUUUACAAAAAAGGUAUUAUC